CGGAACUGAACUGUACCGUGAACUGGAAGUUCUUUCAUUUUAGCUGAAGAACGAAAAUUGUCUGCUUAUUUUCUCCAUGAUGUGUGUUUGAGGACCAAAAGCAUUAAACCAACUUUUAUUUGUGGAAUGAAAGAAUCCGUGCUGCCCAGCAAGAGACCGGAAACACAUUCGUUAAAGACUCAUCGUGCAGUCCGGUAACACGGUUAAACGGAGCCGUGUUUCCGUCCUGGAAGAAGCUUUGCUGUGCCAUCACACACUGGAAGCUAACUUCGCGUUAGCUGUCUACCGAACUGUGAUAGUGUCGGACUCGUCAAGAAUAUCCAACGAGACGGGAGCUCAUCAGUUGGAGCAGGCGAAGACAGGAGGAGUUGCAGGGAUUUGCGCAUCCCUCAUCACCAUCGGGCCCUGAGAUGACAUCACAGCAGCCACAGCUCCCCAAUGCUGUCAUUCCUCCCCACCUCGCCCAGAACUCCUCUGCUCAGCAGGCACGGCCCCACAUUCAGGCUAAUCAGCUGGACUCAAGUCAGAGCGGUGCAACUGCCGGGUCUUUGGACCACAGAGCUCUGACGGGCAGGCCGGGCUGCUCCGGUGUGGCAGCAACCAGCGGGGAGGUGUCCAACAGGAACGUUUCUGCCUCCUGCGCCAACUCCAGCUCGUCUAGAAGAGAUCGGGGCUUCGAGCCGUGGCCUGAGGAAGCAGUAGAUAACUCACACGGGCUGUACUCACUCCACCGCAUGUUCGACAUAGUCGGAGCCCAGCUGACGCAUCGGGAUGUCAGGGUACUGUCAUUCCUGUUUGUCGACGUGAUUGACGAGUACGAGCGUGGUGGCAUCAGGAGUGGAAGGGAUUUCCUGCUGGCCCUAGAGCGCCAGGGUCGCUGUGAUGAGACCAACUUCCGACACGUUCUCCAGCUUCUAAGGAUUAUCACCCGUCACGACCUACUGCCUUAUGUCACACUCAGGAAACGACAGGCUG